UGGCAGACAAGAUAUGGUGGCUUCUAUGGCAGGUCUCCUCGCGUCCUUCCUGCGCGCCCGUGGGGUCCUCGUCCUUGGCGCCGCCGGCGCAGCGCUCUUCUACCUCGAUAUGCUCGAUGAGGCUGUCGCAUUCGUGCAGUCGUAUGGCUGGUUCCUUCUCCUCGGCGCGGGCGUCGUCCUGUACGCCGACCACCACCUCGGCCAGCUUCUCGUUCGCUGGGACGUCGCGCGCUCGCUCCAAGCGGCCAACGAUCCAAACCGCGUCGACAUUCUGCGCAUUGAAGCGCGCAAGGCCCGGGAGCGCCAGCAGCUCGAACUCGAGGCGCAGAGCAAAGCCCACAAAGAAGCGGCUGCCGUAAAGAAAAAGGAGGUCCGCAAGCCUGCGUCACCCCCGCGCCGCUCCGAGCACGACGACUACAACCCGUUGACAGGUGCGACGAGCACGGCGCGCUACAAGCCAUCGGGCUUUGCACGCCCUCGUGGUGGAUGACGCUAAGCAAGAGCAUGACCAUCGUCCAUGUUCUCGCCUUGCCAUGACCGAGCCGUUGCCCGUGGCAUGAUGAUCGCUCGACUCCCAAGGAAUCUCAUGGUUCACGGGUCGAGCAGGAGCCGCCACGACUGCAGCCGCUCUGCUUGAUGCACCGUAGGCCGCUUAUGCCAGCCUACGCGUCCUCGUAAUCAAGCAUGUCCAUGGCUACUUGCUGUUGCGACUUGCAAAGACGCAAAACGAACGAUACACUAGCGUGCAUUCUACGACACACAAAGGGAGUUCUCUACGGCGUGGCUUACAAGGCCAUCGUGUGGUCGCUGCCACAGCUCACGGCGUGCACCUUCUGCGGCAGGCGCACUUGAAUCGGGC